AUGGACAACACCACUUAUUCAAAUCAUGAUGAUACACAUGAUGCUGAGAAUCAAUUAGAUGGAGGCAAUGAUGACAUACAGGAAGCAGAUUUCAUCAGUAGGGUUGCUGAGGCAACUCAACAACACACGGAGGUUGCAGUUCAAACACUCAUUGAACACAUAUUCCCAUCACUCAAAGAAAAUGCAACAUCAGCAUCUUAUAUGAGCACCUGUGCAAUUCUGUCAACAAAAAAUGAGCAUGUUGACAAGCUGAACGCAAUGAUGAUUGAUAAUUUUCUAGGGGAGGCAACUGUUUUCUACAGCUUCGACUCCAUAGAUGAUGAUUCACAUAAUCACUACCCAAUUGAAUUUUUGAACUCAAUCACUCCAAAUGGCCUCCCCCCACACGAAUUGAAGCUCAAAAUCAACUGUCCUGUGAUCCUUCUUCGCAAUCUUGAUCCAAACAACGGGUUGUGCAAUGGAACGAGACUUAUCGUGAGAGCAUUGCAAGCUAAUGCAAUUGAUGCCCAUAUUGUUGGUGGACAGCAUGUAGGGAAAAGGGUGUUCAUACCAAGGAUCCCUAUGGCUCCCUCCGAUGAUAUGUCACUACCUUUCAAGUUAAAGAGAAAACAAUUCCCAGUACGCCUCAGUUUUGCCAUGACUAUCAAUAAAUCUCAUGGACAAACCAUCCCUAAUGUUGGGAUUUACCUUCCUAAGCCUGUGUUCUCACAUGGACAGCUUUAUGUUGCAUUGUCAAGGGGUGUAUCAAGAGCUACUAUAAGGAUUUUGGCUAAACCAAAAAAAGAAUUAGACCCCACUGGGAAGAGCACCAAGAAUAUAGUCUACAAGGAUGUCCUGAACUGGUGA